ACAAAAAUAGAGCCGGCAUUCUGCGUGUAGUUUCCUUUAGGAGCGGUGCGUGGUUUAAUCCCCAAACCUUGCUGUGGCAGUCGGAGAAAACACUUAGCAUGGACAGCCGAAAGCGCCCGAGAGAGGAGCCUCUGUGCAUGGAGGGCUUUAAAACCCCAGAGAAGCAGGGUUUAACCGAGAAACUGCGGAAGGAUGAUGGAAAUUUUAAGCAUUGGGACUCCGAGGAAACAUGCGCAUAUCUCCGGCAACAAGGGCUCGGAGAGUGGGAACAAAAAUUUAGAGAACAGAAGAUAACCGGAAUCGGGCUGCGCUACCUCACUGAUCAACAGCUGGAAAAGAUGGGCAUAGAGCCACUGGGCUCCAGGCUUCAGAUCCUCCACUGUCUCAGCAACCUCUGGCAGAUCUCAUCUGACCGCAUGAAGGUGUUCAAUGAUCCGAUUCACGGCCACAUCGAGCUCCAUCCUCUGCUGGUGCGCAUCAUCGACACUCCUCAAUUCCAACGGCUGCGGCACAUCAAACAGCUGGGUGCCACGUACAUGGUGUUUCCUGGAGCCGCCCAUAACCGCUUCGAACAUUCCGUAGGCGUCGGGUAUUUAGCAGGCUGUCUCAUCCAAGAGCUGAACGAGAAACAGCCCGAGCUCCUCAUCACCAAGCAAGACAUCCUGUGUGUUCAGAUUGCCGGCUUGUGUCAUGACCUGGGUCAUGGUCCGUUCUCCCACAUGUUCGACGGAAUGUUUAUUCCUAAAGUCCGACCUGGACUGGGAUGGAAGCACGAGAAGGCGUCAGUGCAGAUGUUUGACCACCUGGUGAAAGUGAAUAAUCUGGAGGGUGUGAUGAGGGAGUACGGUCUCUCUCUUCCCAACGACCUCAUCUUCAUUAAAGAGCAGAUCGCCGGGCCGCUGGACUCCGCCGUCUCCCCAGCCAGCCAGUGGCCGUACAAGGGCAGGACGGAGGAGAAAUCAUUCCUGUACGAGAUCGUAGCUAAUAAGAGGACCGGCAUCGAUGUGGACAAGUGGGAUUAUUUUGCACGGGACUGCUAUCACCUGGGCAUCCAAAACAACUCCGACUACCGUCGCUUCCUCAAGUUCGCUCGAGUGUGUAAGGUCAAGGGCAAGAAACACAUCUGCACCCGAGACAAGGAAGUAGGUGAUUUGUACGACAUGUUCCACACUCGGAACUGUCUUCACCGCCGAGCGUACCAACACAAAGUGGGGAACAUCAUCGAGGUCAUGAUAACAGAAGCUCUGGUAAAGGCAGAUCCUUACAUCCAGAUUCGGGGCUCUUCAGGAAAGAUGUACAACAUUUCAGAAGCCAUUGAUGACAUGGAGGCUUACAGCAAACUUACAGAUCACAUUUUCGAGCAGAUCCUGUACUCGUCCGAUCCAGCGCUCUCCGAAGCUCAGGACAUCCUGCAGGACAUCAUCUGCAGGCGUCUGUACAAAUGCGUGGGACAGACCACGCCCAACAAUUACUAUGACGUGUCAGAGGAAAUGUUAUCCGAGUGGGCCAGUGAGGUGUCCGAGUGCAAACCUGAGGGCACUGUGGUGGAUUUGAUGCCUGAGGACUUCGUAGUCAAUGUGAUCUGUAUGGAUUACGGAAUGAAGGAGAAGAACCCUGUGAACAACGUUUACUUCUACUGCAAGAACGACCCGACUAAAGCCAUCAAGAUCCGCAAGAACCAGGUGUCCAAAUUGUUGCCCGAGCAAUUUGCCGAGCAGCUGAUCCGAGUUUACUGCAAAAAAACAGACGAGAAGAAUCUGGAAGCGGCGUAUAAGUACUUUGUGCAGUGGUGCAUGUCGAGAAAUUUCUCCAAACCGCAGGAUGGUGAUGUCACCGCACCCGAGCUCACGCCACUAAAGCAAGAGUGGCAGAAUGAAGAUGAUACAGACUCCCAGAGCGUUGAUGAUGGCAGAGGUCAAAGGGCGGUCAAUGGUCGAAAUCAUAUAAAAACAAACCUGAUCCCACGUAAAUUAGAUGGUUUUUAGGGCCCCCUGCUGGCAGGAUGAAAAAAUGCUCAGGUUCAGGUUUUAGUGUUUUUUGUUCUCCUUUUAUUCUUUUCAUUUGUCGUCGUCGUCCCCCCAACACCAGAGGGCGCUUUAAUCCCCCCCCCCUCAUUUAGUGGCAGUAAAGGGUGUGAAAAAAAAGGUUAGAGAUUUUCCUGCUAGUAUUUACCAUAGUGAUUUAUAAAAUAAUUCUGCAGUGCUUAUGGUGUUACUAAGUAUGCUUCAAUAAUAAUAGUUAUGAUAAUAUUAAUAAUAAUACAAAAUGUGAAUAUUUAAAUAUUAUAUUCAUUCUGUCUAUGCUUUUAUAAUAAUUAUUAUUAUUAUAAAUAAUAAUAAUAAAAAUAAUACUAAUAAAAUAUCGGAUAUAAUUAUAGUAAUGAUGAUCACUCCAUUAAACAAUUCUAAUAUGUUGUACAGAAGUGUAAAUCUCAUUAACAGUAAACAUUUAAAUGUUAAUAAAAAAUAAGCAUUAUAAAUAUUUCUAACUUAAAGAAAACAUAGACGAGACACCUGUCCUUCUAAGACUCCUAAGAUUUUAUCCCCAGACACGGGAUGUUACCUUUAAAUGCUGCCUGCUUAGGAUGAAUAAGAUAUCAUAGACCAGUCAAAUGAUAUUAUAAUUAUAUUUUUAUUGGACGCAUAGGGAAAAAAUUAAGACCAAAACUGAAAAUAAUUUUUUAACAAAUUCUCACAUAGUUAGCUUUUUGGACAUUUAUACCCGGAGGUUUGGACUUUUGUGGUUCAGGGACCUUUUACUUUGUGUGUUUGUGUGUGUGUCCUGUUUUUUUUUUUUCUUCUUUUUUUUAAGUUAUUAUGUGAUGCCAUCACUGCCUGUGUAGGUCAUGCACGUCAUGUUUGGUGAGUAUGGGGCUGAAUUUAAUCACCAGUACUUGUGUAAAAGAAUCAAAUAUAUUAGAGUAAAUAUAAAGAGAAAAAAGAGAACUGUACCAUCAAAUUCUAUCCUUGGGGGUAAAAAAACAAACCAAAAAAAAAGAAGAUCUAAUUAUGUGCUCAGCGUUCAGGUUUCCAACCCAGUCUUCUUUAUAUCACACCAGGAAGUGUUCUUAGAAUUCAGACUUCCUUACUUUUGUAAACAAGACACGGGAUGUUGCCUUUAAAAUAAAAUAUUACUGAUCAGUCAAAUGAUAUUCUAAUAAUCUAAUUUUCAUUGGCUGUAUAGGGAAAAAAAUGUCUAAGAAUAAAACUGAAAAUACUUUUUAACACCAUAAGUACUAAUUAUUCUGUUUAACACUUAGUCAUGCCCACAUUCCCUCAGCACUACUAGAUACAUUUAUACCAUCAUUAUUAUUAUUAUUAUUAUAUAAAUGUUACAAAUAAAUAACAAGUCAGUUACUGCCACUAAGAGGAAGAAAAUUCCUUUUUUUAAUUUCCUUUUCAACCAUGCUGUUUUUCUUUUAAUAUUUCUUUGUUUUAACCAUACGCUCAGUGUUUGUUUUUUUUAAUUUAUUUUUUUGGCAAACGCAUUUAGGUGUUUGAGAAGCAAUCUUGUUAUUUUGUCCAUCGUGCUCAUCAUCAUCAUCAUCAUACCGUCUGCACCCCCUGAUUUUAUUGACAGGGAGU